CUCGGCGGGGCGGCGCGGCGCGGCGCGGGGACGUCUUGGUGUGGACCUGCAGGUUCCUCGGGACUCGGGAGAUAAUAUCAGAAUUCCUCCUGGAAAUGCUAACUCCUUCCUAUCUCAGGAUACUGAUGUUUCUCUGAAAUGAGAUGAACUGAUGAAUUGGAACCAUGGUUCAAAAGAAGAAAUUCUGCCCUCGGUUACUUGACUACCUAGUGAUUGUAGGGGCCAGGCACCCAAGCAGUGACAGUGUAGCCCAGACUCCUGAACUGCUGCGGCGAUACCCACUGGAGGAUCAUGCGGAGUUUCCCCUUCCCCCAGACGUAGUGUUCUUCUGCCAGCCAGAGGGCUGCCUGAGUGUGCGGCAGCGGCGCAUGAGCCUUCGAGAUGAUACCUCUUUUGUCUUCACCCUCACUGACAAGGACACUGGAGUCACACGUUAUGGCAUCUGUGUUAAUUUCUACCGCUCCUUCCAAAAGCGAAUGCCUAAGGAAAAGGGGGAGGGGGUAACAGCAUCCCGUGGAAAGGAAGGCACCAGGGCCGCCUGUGCCCCAGAAGAAGUAGGCACUGAGAUCUCAGAGAGUAGCUCAUCCCUGCAGCCUCCUAGUGCUGACUCCACCCCUGAUGUGAAUCAGUCUCCUCGGGCCAAACGCCGGGCCAAGGGGAGCAGCCGGUCUCGCAACAGUACGCUCACAUCCCUGUGCGUGCUCAGCCACUACCCGUUCUUUUCCACCUUCCGUGAGUGUCUCUAUACCCUCAAACGGCUGGUAGAUUGCUGUAGUGAGAGGCUACUGGGCAAGAAGCUGGGCAUCCCUCGAGGUGUACAAAGAGAUACCAUGUGGCGAAUCUUUACUGGAUCACUGCUAGUGGAAGAAAAAUCAAGUGCUCUUCUGCAUGAUCUUCGAGAGAUUGAAGCCUGGAUCUAUCGAUUGCUGCGCUCCCCAGUACCUGUCUCUGGGCAGAAGAGAGUGGACAUUGAGGUCCUACCCCAGGAGCUCCAGCCCGCUCUGACCUUUGCACUUCCAGAUCCAUCUCGAUUCACCCUCGUGGAUUUCCCACUUCACCUUCCUUUGGAACUUCUGGGUGUAGAUGCUUGUCUUCAGGUGCUAACCUGUAUCCUGUUAGAGCACAAGGUGGUGCUACAGUCUCGAGACUACAAUGCACUUUCCAUGUCUGUGAUGGCAUUUGUGGCAAUGAUCUACCCCCUUGAGUACAUGUUUCCUGUCAUCCCACUGCUUCCCACCUGCAUGGCAUCUGCAGAGCAGCUUCUGUUGGCUCCAACUCCAUACAUCAUUGGGGUCCCUGCCAGCUUCUUCCUCUACAAACUAGACUUCAAAAUGCCCGAUGACGUCUGGCUAGUGGAUCUGGACAGCAAUAGGGUGAUUGCCCCUACUAAUGCAGAAGUGUUACCUGUUCUGCCAGAACCAGAGUCAUUAGAGCUGAAAAAACACUUAAAGCAGGCUCUUGCCAGCAUGAGUCUCAACACUCAGCCCAUUCUCAAUCUGGAGAAAUUUCACGAGGGCCAAGAGAUCCCACUUCUCUUGGGAAGGCCUUCUGCUGACCUGCAGUCUACCCCUUCCACUGAAUUCAACCCACUCAUCUAUGGCAAUGAUGUGGAUUCUGUGGAUGUUGCAACCAGAGUGGCCAUGGUCCGAUUCUUCAACUCUGCCAAUGUGCUACAAGGCUUUCAGAUGCACACACGUACCCUGCGACUUUUCCCUCGGCCUGUGGUAGCUUUCCAGGCUGGCUCCUUUCUAGCCUCACGUCCCCGACAGACUCCCUUUGCUGAGAAACUGGCCAGGACUCAGGCCGUGGAGUACUUUGGAGAAUGGAUCCUUAACCCCACCAACUAUGCCUUUCAGAGAAUUCACAACAGUAUGUUUGAUCCAGCCCUUAUUGGUGACAAGCCCAAGUGGUACGCUCACCAGUUGCAGCCCAUCCACUAUCGAGUCUAUGAUGGCAAUUCCCAGCUGGCUGAGGCUCUGAGUGUGCCACCAGAGCGUGACUCUGACUCUGACCCCACGGAUGACAGCGGCAGUGAUAGUAUGGAUUAUGAUGACUCAAGCUCUUCUUACUCCUCCCUCGGUGACUUUGUCAGUGAAAUGAUGAAAUGUGACAUCAAUGGCGACACUCCCAAUGUGGACCCUCUGACACACGCAGCACUGGGGGAUGCCAGUGAGGUGAAGAUUGAUGAGCCACAGAAGGAAGCAGAGGAGCCUGGCCCAGACACUGAAAACUCUCAGGAAAACCCUCCACUGCGCUCCAGCUCCAGCACCACAGCCAGCAGCAGUCCUAGCACCAUCAUCCAUGGAGCCAACGCUGAACCUGUGGACUCUACAGAGAUGGAUGAUAAGGCAGCAGCAGGCAUCUCCAAGCCUCUCCCUCCCGUCCCUCCCAGCACUGGCAAAUCGAAUGUGGACAGGCGUCAGACAGAUAGUGGAGAGGGGUCAGUGCGCCGACGAACCUAUGACAAUCCAUACUUCGAGCCCCAGUAUGGCUUUCCCCCUGAGGAAGAUGAUGAUGAGCAGGGGGAAAGCUACACUCCCCGAUUCAGCCAACAUGUCAAUGGCAAUCGGGCUCAAAAGCUGCUGCGGCCCAACAGCUUGAAACUGGCAAGUGACUCAGAUGCAGAGUCCGACUCCCGAGCAAGCUCUCCCAACUCUACCAUCUCCAACAACAGCACCGAGGGCUUCGGGGGCAUCAUGUCUUUUGCCAGCAGCCUCUAUCGGAACCACAGUACAAGCUUCAGUCUUUCAAACCUCACACUGCCCACCAAAGGUGCCCGAGAAAAGACCACACCAUUCCCUAGUCUGAAAGGAAAUAGGAGGGCCUUGGUGGACCAGAAGUCAUCUGUCAUUAAGCAUAGUCCAACCGUGAAAAGAGAGCCUCCAUCACCCCAGGGCCGAUCCAGCAAUUCUAGUGAGAACCAGCAGUUCCUGAAGGAGGUAGUGCACAGCGUGUUGGACGGCCAGGGAGUGGGUUGGCUCAACAUGAAAAAGGUGCGCCGGCUGCUGGAGAGCGAGCAGCUUCGAGUCUUUGUCCUGAGCAAGCUGAACCGCACGGUGCAGUCAGAGGAUGAUGCUCGGCAGGAUGUCAUCCCAGAUGUGGAGAUCAGCCGAAAGGUGUAUAAGGGAAUGUUAGACCUCCUCAAGUGCACAAUCCUCAGCCUGGAGCAGUCCUAUGCCCACGCAGGUCUGGGUGGCAUGGCCAGCAUUUUCGGGCUUCUGGAGAUUGCCCAGACCCACUACUAUAGUAAAGAACCAGACAAGCGGAAGAGAAGUCCAACAGAGAGUGUAAAUACCCCUGUUGGCAAGGAUCCUGGUCUAGCUGGGCGGGGGGACCCAAAGGCUAUGGCACAGCUGAGAGUCCCCCAGCUGGGUCCUCGGGCACCAAGUGCUACAGGAAAGGUUCCUAAGGAGCUGGAUACCAAAAGUUUAAAGGAAGAGAAUUUUGUGGCAUCUAUUGGGCCUGAAGUCAUCAAACCUGCCUUUGACAUUGGUGAAACAGAAGAGAAAAAAUCCCAGAUCAGCGCAGAUAGUGGUGUGAGCCUGACAUCUGCUUCCCAGAGGACAGACCAAGACCCUGUCGUCUGUGUGAGUCCAGCUGUUAUGAUCCGAAGCUCAAGUCAGGAUUCUGAAGUUAGCACCGUGGUGAGUAAUAGUUCUGGAGAGACCCUUGGAGCAGACAGUGACCUUAGCAGCAAUGCAGGUGAUGGACCAGGUGGUGAAGGCAGUGCCCACUUGGCAAGUUCUCGGGGAACCUUGUCUGAUAGUGAAAUUGAGACCAACUCUGCCACAAGCACCAUCUUUGGCAAAGCCCACAGCUUGAAGCCAAAGGAAAAGCUGGCAGGCAGCCCAAUUCGCUCUUCUGAAGAUGUAAGCCAGCGAGUCUAUCUCUAUGAAGGACUCCUAGGCAAAGAACGUUCUACUUUAUGGGACCAAAUGCAGUUCUGGGAGGAUGCAUUCUUAGAUGCUGUGAUGUUGGAGAGAGAAGGAAUGGGUAUGGACCAGGGUCCCCAGGAAAUGAUCGACAGAUACCUGUCCCUGGGUGAACAUGACCGGAAACGCCUAGAAGAUGACGAAGAUCGAUUGCUGGCCACACUUUUGCACAACCUCAUCUCCUACAUGCUGCUGAUGAAGGUGAAUAAGAAUGACAUCCGAAAGAAGGUGCGGCGUCUAAUGGGCAAGUCUCAUAUUGGGCUUGUGUACAGCCAGCAAAUCAAUGAGGUGCUUGAUCAGCUGGCAAACCUGAACGGACGUGAUCUCUCCAUUCGGUCCAGUGGCAGCCGGCACAUGAAGAAGCAGACAUUUGUGGUACAUGCGGGGACAGACACAAAUGGAGAUAUCUUCUUUAUGGAGGUGUGCGAUGACUGUGUGGUGUUGCGUAGUAACAUUGGGACAGUGUAUGAGCGGUGGUGGUAUGAGAAGCUCAUCAACAUGACCUACUGUCCCAAGACCAAGGUCUUGUGCUUGUGGCGUAGAAAUGGCUCUGAGACCCAGCUCAACAAGUUCUACACUAAGAAGUGUCGGGAGCUAUACUACUGUGUGAAGGACAGCAUGGAGCGUGCUGCUGCCCGACAACAAAGCAUCAAGCCUGGGCCUGAACUAGGUGGCGAGUUUCCGGUGCAGGACAUGAAGACUGGAGAGGGUGGCUUGCUGCAGGUCACCUUGGAAGGGAUCAAUCUCAAGUUCAUGCACAACCAGGUUUUCAUAGAGCUGAAUCACAUUAAAAAGUGCAAUACAGUUCGAGGCGUCUUUGUCCUGGAGGAAUUUGUUCCUGAAAUUAAAGAAGUGGUGAGCCACAAGUACAAGACACCAAUGGCUCACGAGAUCUGCUACUCCGUGUUGUGUCUCUUCUCAUAUGUGGCUGCAGUUCGUAGCAGUGAAGAGGAUCUCAGAACCCCACCCCGGCCCGUCUCUAGCUGAUGGAGAGGAUCUUGCAGCUGGCCCAGCCUGUGGGUCGCCCCUAGCCUUUUGCUGCUCCCAAGUGCACGAAGCUGCUGUGACUGAGAAGGGAUGGGGUGUGUGUGUGUGUGUGUGUGUGUGUGUGUGUGUGUGUGUGUGUUCUCUGCAGGCCCCUCCUGUGGCUUAGCUGGUUACGUCUUCAGGUAUGUCUUUGUGCGUGUCUGUCACAGGGCUAAGCUAGUCCCUCUUACCUUUCCCCUCUCCUAGACUGGCCUACUCUCAGGGCUCUGUGGGGCCGAUGUGAGCCCACCAUUGCGUGUCUUUGAGAUGUUUGUUUGUGUUGCGGUUCCUUGCCCUUGGCAUUAUACCUUUCAGUGCAGGAGUCUGCUCGCCAUCCUCUGUGAUCUGGCACAAGGCCACCUGGGGCAGCGCUACUCUAAGGUAGAUGGGAAACUUAAGAGUCUGCCCUUCUGGACAUGGGUGAACAGGGGACGGGAGGGAUGGGCCAUGAGAGUUGAAUGGCAGCCUCCUGCUUCAUUCUGCAUUUUUAUGCUGUGGCAUAAGGCGCUGCCGCCACCUGCCCCUGCUCCAUCCCUCAGCUGUGCUGAGGAGCAGCUAUGUGCCCAGCAGUGAGUUCUCCUGUCUGCCUGCCAUUGCCACAAAGGAGAGUGUGGCCAGGAGUCACUGGCCGAUCUGUUGCAGAGCCAGGGAGGGGUGGCUCAAGGCUACUGGGCAUGCCUGUAUGCAGGCAUUGUCCCCUGGUAUUGGAUGCCAGAAGGGAGAGACAUACUGGGGUAAAUGAUUGUAAAUAUUCCGGCUCCAUGUUAUUUAUAGAAAAUGUACAGCCUUGUGAAUGUGAAAUAAAAGUCCUUAACACUCCUG